AAGUGACGUGCACCUCAGAGAAGAAGCCGGAAGUAGUGUGUUGUAAACUCACGUGCACAACAUGAAAAACAUGAAAAACAAAAAAAAGCACAACAAUGUGUCCAAAAAUGCUAAAUUCAAGCCGGGAUCGAAGAAGAGAGAAAACAAAUGCAUCGUAAUGUUCGACGACAAAGACAGACAGGACUAUUUAACUGGUUUCCAUAAGCGGAAGGUGGAAAGGAGGAAAGCAGCAGUGGCAGAAAUUCGGAAGAAAAUCAAGGACGAACAGAUCAGAGUCAGAGAAGAAAGGCACAAGGAAUACUUGAAGAUGCUGAAGGAGAGGAACGAAGCUCUCGAGGCUGCUGAAGAUGACCUGGAAGAAAUGAUAACCAGCACAACGAAGUCUGUGCAGUUCGAUCACCCCAACCACACCGUCACCGUGACAACCAUCAGUGAUCUUGACCUCACAGGGGCUCAUCUGCUUGAACCUGCAGCCAAUCCGGUCAAUGGGGAGGGCAAGGAUGAAGAAAAGGGGGAGGGAGAGAAGGAGAAAACGAUUGCAAUGCCAAGAAAAGCCGGAAAUCCAAUCAUGAACAAAAAGAUCCGCUCCCUGACUUCGUCACUCAGCACUUACACCAGCAAGCGGAAGAGGAAAGGGAAGCAGGAAGGCCGAGGAGGACGAGGCCGCACGACAGACAAGAGACUUGGUGGCACAGAGGGUAAAAACAGAGCCGGGAGGACCAGCAAGUAUCAGAGACGCCGAAAGACCGGGAAAAGGGUGCAUUGUCAGGACUGAGAGGCCGUGCGGAAAUAAAUAACUGUGAAGAUACUUGACUUCUUGUGUUUUCUUGAGUCUCACAGGCAAACAAAUUGGACUUUGGAGUAUUUAUGCUCCUGUGUUUCAGCAGGACGUGUGUAUGCUGAGAAGUUUGUCAAAUAAACACAAGCCGACGUGGAUGCUUAAGUGUCGGAACCGUGUUGGGGAGUCUGUCGUGACAUCGCUCAAUAUUUCCACAGCACCUGCCUCUUGAAAUCUUGUGUUCAGAUUUGUACAACUUUUAAAGCAGAACUGUUUUUUUUGUAGUGUUAUUUCUUAAAAACAUGUACAACCUGUGCUGUAUUUACCUAUAUUUUCAUUAAAUAAAAGAUUCAUCUUGCUGGUGACCUCGUGAUGCAUCCAC